AUGGCCGUGCCUCGGCUGGUUCACUCAAGUUCGGUAAGCGCGCCGAGCCCCAAAACGCCCGUGGUACCAACUCCCGGGAAAAGGAUGUUUUCGCGGGCAGCUGGGGCAGGUGAAGAGGCAAAAGGUGAAAAGCAGCAAACCCCAGUGUUUCCUCGGAGUACAAGCGUCAGCCUGCCCGUGAGAAAUGUUUUGGUGAUCCCGGGUGGGGAAAAGGAGAGGACGGGGAGCGCGGGAGAGGGGGGUAAGCGGCGGGGGGAAGGGCAACGGAGUGAGGGGGAGGGGGAAGGGGGGAAGGAGGAUGGGGAAGGGGAGGGAUGGAAGGAGAGGCGGCAGGCGCAGGCGGAAGCUGUGACACGUGCCAUGCAGCGAUUGGACGCGGGGAAGGACGGCAGGGCGGCUGAAGUCGCGGCAACUCCAAGGGUAAGCCACGUAGUAGACGUGACGAAGCUUCAUGGUUUGAAAGCUUCAAGCGCAUGCUGCAGCGAGCAGAAUCUCCUCCCCUCCCCCCUCACACCUUCCCCCUCCUCCCCACCCCUCCCCGCCCCCACAACUCCCUCCCUCCCCCCUCCCCCUCCUCUCCUCUCCCCUCAUGCAUGCUGCGCCGACGAAUGCUGCGCCAACGCAUGCUGCAGCGAGCAGCAACACCUCCAUCCCCGACACCCGCCCCUCUCUUACAGGAGGAGCGUUUGCUCCGCUUGUCCCGCCAGCAGAAGCGCCAACGCAUGCUGCAGCGGGCGGCUGCCGCCCUUCCCACCUGCAAACUCUCCCCCACCUUUACCCCGCUCCCGCUCCCCCCCUGCAGGAAGAGCGUUCGCUCCGCCUAUCCCGCCAGCAGAAGCGCGAACGCAUGCUUUUGCGAGCAGCCCCCUCGUCCCCUCACCCCUCCCCUACCCGCUCUCUCUUUCCCUCUGCAGGAGGAGCGUUCGCUCCGCCUAUCCGCCAGCAGAAGCGCCAACGCAUGUUGCAGCGGGCGGCUGCCGCGCUUCCCACCUGCAAACAAACCCCCCCUCUCUCCCCCCCCCCGCGUAUUUUUACCCCCCUCCCGCUCCCCCCUUGCAGGAAGAGCGUUCGCUCCGCCUAUCCCGCCAGCAGAAGCGCCAACGAAUGCUGCAGCGGGCGGCGGCCGCCCUUCCCACCUGCAAACAAACCCCCCACUCUCCCCUCCCCCCCGCGCAUUUUUACCCCCCUCUCGCUCCCCAUUCUCCUUCCCUUAACCAUUCCCGCCCUACAGGAGGAGCGUUCGCUCCGCCUAUCCCGCCAGCAGAAGCGCCAACGCAUGUUGCAGUGAGCAGUUCCCUUCCCCCCUUCUCCUUCUCCUCUCAACGCGCUCUUCCCCCCCCCCCCCCCCCCCCCCUUCUCCCCAUUCUCCUUCCCUUAACCAUUCCCGCCCUACAGGAGGAGCGUUCGCUCCGCCUAUCCCGCCAGCAGAAGCGCCAACGAAUGCUGCAGCGGGCGGCGGCCGCCCUUCCCCAGCUGGCGCAGCGCGUGUCGGAAACGCCUCGCUUCCGAUUGGACGAUUUUCUGGCGGCGCUUGACAGCCUGGCAGCGCUUCGGGGGAAGCUGAGAGCGGCCCUGGAGGCGCAGCAGAGGGAGGAGGAGGACGAGGAGGCGGAGAGGAGGGAAGAGGAGAGGAGGAGGGGGGAUAGCGGGGAGGAGAGGAGGGAUGGGGAAGGGAUGGGGGGUGAGGGUGGAAUGGUAAAUGGAGAGGGUGGAGGAGUGGGGGAAGGAAGCGGGAAGGGAGGAGGUGGAGCUUUUGGGUUAGAAGAUGGGGAGGGUGAGAGUGGUCGCAGGGAGGAGGGGGAGGAGAAGGAGGAGGGGGAACAAGAAGUACAAGCAGUUGGUAUGAAUGAGAUGUCGAGAGGAGGUGAAGGCAAUACACGAGUGGAUUCAGGUGGUGAUGGUGUGGAGGGAGAGGAUGGUGAGGAGGGAGAGGAGGGAGAGGAGGAAGAGGAGGAAGAGGAGGAAGAGGAGGGAGAGGAAGGCGAAGAGCUGGGCAAAGGAGGGAUACGGAAAAGGCUACAUACGGGCAGUGAAGGAGGAGAAGGGGAGGACAGCGAGGAGGAAACAGAAGAGAGAGAUUCUGCGGCAGAUAAGAUGACAAUGUCCCCUGCUCCUGCUGCUGUGUCCCCUGCUCCUGCUGCUGUGUCCCCUGCUGCUGAUAUCUCUCCUGCUGCUGCUCUUCCCGUGCUUCAAUGGGAUGUGCUUAUAAGCGUGGAGGCUGUUAUCGAGGAUGCGCUGAUGUUGCUGGAAGAGGAGUUUGAAGCGACUCUCUCCAAGCACGGCAAGCCUCUAGAUCUCGCAACACUAAAGUCCGCCCUUCAUGCCCAGAAUUUCGCCACUGCAGCUGCAGCUGGUGCUGCUGGUACAGGGGCAGCAGGGGCAGCAGGGGGAGUGCCCUCGCUUCGUGCCCGUAGAGCGACAGGCGUCACCCCCAUCACCACCCGUUUCACUCGCACCUCCUCCGACUUCUCCCUUGCUGCUGCCGCAUCUGCUAGAGGGAACAUCAGCACUACCCCCACCAACCAGAGUAAUUCGACCAAGUCCGGUGGUAACCGCAUUCUCAUCCCCGUAAGCGUAACCGGCAGCAGCACAGGCAGCGAACCUCCCACUGAAAGCCCUACGGCCCAGCAACCGCCUCUUCUUUCCCCUCCUUGUUCUGACGCCUCUCCUCCCUCUAACCUCAUCAAGACUCUCAGCAGCAGCAGCAGCGCCAGCAGCACGGGUUUCUUGUCCCAGGACCAAUCGGGGCACUUGAGUGCUGCUGCUGCUGCUGCCGCCGCUGCUGCCGCUGCCGCUGCUGUUGGUGGUGGUGCGUCUGGUGGUCUCUGGCCUAUGUAUUCCGGACCCCUUCCCUCCACAGCGGCUUCUAACUCACCCUACGCAUCCCCAUACACUUCCGGUUACAUUCCCCAUAACGCAUAUGCUUAUAACGCGGUUGGUUCUUCUUCCUUCUCUGCCUCUCCCUCCUCCUCGUCUGCCUCCCCCUAUGCGCGCCCCACUCCCCCCCGCAUCACCAUCCCUAUCCAUCCGGACGAGGACGACGCCGAGUCUGACGCCAACGACCUCCCGAACCUGACUCCAGGUUCGGCAGCCAGGUCCGGGGGCGCCAAGCCUGUGAAUCAUCCGGGGCAGGAGGCUCGGCCGUCUACGGUCACCCACGCGCUCUCCUCCCAUGCUUCUGCCCGCCCUCCCAUCCGCCUUGCGUCCUUCCUGUCUUCCGUCUUCCACAGCGCCGCCCGCGGCCCGAGCAUAGCGAGUGGCACGGCUUGUCUUGACCUGAAGGAGCGCAGCGUUGCUGAGCUGGAGGCCAUGCCGUGGAGCCAGCUGGAGCCCACCAUCAAGACGUGGCUGAGGGACGCCAACAUACUGAUCCGCGUCCUGCUGGAGGGAGAGCGUUUGUUAUGCGAGGCAGUGCUAGAGGACGCCCCAGAGCUCGAUGCGGGCGGCGUCUAUCGGCAGCUUCUGUCGGCGUCGCCCUGCGUGGAGGGCUCGGUCGGCAAGCUGGUCGGCACGGCUCGUUCCAUUGCCGGGCUGACACGGUCCCCCGAGAAAGUCUUUAGCUUCAUGGAGAUGUUCCGAGCGGCAACUGGAUUGAGGGAGCAGGUGCAAUCCGUGCUGAUAGCAGCAGCGGGGGUGGGAGGAGGGUCGCUUUGGCCGCAGUGGCAGACCCUGCCGGCCCUCCUCGCGUGUGCUGUGUUUGAAACUGUAGACGAGCUCAGCAGCACACUGAGAGAUGUGGAUGGGCUCACUCCUGCUGCCAUGCCCUCUCCCGUCGCGCCUAAAAAGAAGCUCCUCAGCAGGAUAAUCUCCUGGAAGGCGCAGGAGGUGAAGAGCCAGAGCGGGGAGGACGUGGACGUGUCGGUGCAUGCGGUUACCAGCUACGUGGUCAACUACAUAGGGCAGCUGUUGGACAGGUAUAACCUCUCGAGCCAAAACUGUGCUGUGUUGGAGAAGAUUCACCAGAGCCACGGAGGGAACACGUUUCAAUCUCCCCUCAUCCCCCCACUCUUCCUCCACCCAUUCCUCUCCAUACUUCUUAUUCCGUCCCCCAGAACCUCUCGCGCCAACUACUGUGCUGUGCUGGAGGAGAUCUACCGCAGCCACGGGGCCGACCAUUUGAAAGAGCCCAGCAGCAGCAGCAUCAACUGCUCGCCCCCUUUCCCUUUCUCUCCCUCUCACCUCCCUUGCAGAACCUCUCGCGCCAGCUACUGUGCUGUGCUGGAGGAGAUUUACCAAAGCCACGGGGCCGACCAUUUGAAAGAGCCCAGCAGCAGCAGCAUCAACUGCUCGCCCCCUUUCCCUUUCUCUCCCUCUCACCUCCCUUGCAGAACCUCUCGCGCCAACUACUGCGCUGUGCUGGAGGAGAUCUACCAGAGCCACGGAGCCGACCAUUUGAAAGAGCCCGGCAGCAGCAGCAUCAGCAGCAGCAACAGCUCCAGCCAGCAACCCGGCCAUGCGCCACAGACGCCCGUGCAGGGAGCAGCAGGGACGCCCAAGAAGUUCACUGCUCCUGCUGCUGCUGCUGUUGCUGCCUGGCCCCGGAGCCACCUCUCAUAUUCAUUCUCCCUCUCCCCGUUCCCCUCUGCUCUUGCCACCCUCACAGAACCUCUCGCGCCAACUACUGUGCUGUGCUAG